CCCACCAUAUAAAAACUCCGCAAAUCACUGAAUCAGUCUCUAAAACCCUUUCCUUCGACAGUUGAUUUUUUCUUCUUUAUUACCUCCAAUGAACGGGCACCGUCCCCACUUCCGGCAAGGAGGCGGCGGAGGUGGCCGAGGCCGCGGCCAACCACCGCCAUCGCUACCGUUACAAUCUCCUCCUCUAAAUAUGGACCCCAAUCUCGCCCUCCAAAACAUUUACUUACAGAGCAUGGCUAAUGCUAUGCUCCAUGGUUUCGCUCCUCAACAAAACUACUUUCCUGUCCAUCAAAACCCUAACUUCCCAAUCCAAAAUCCUUAUUUUCCAAUCCAAAAUACCAAUAUCCCUCCUCCGCAGCAAUUCUCCAACGGUUUAGCUCAACAACAGCAGGAACAACCUCCUCAGAACUCAGCUCAAAAAGGAGGUCAAAACUUGCCUUCUCCUCAAAAUACAGAACAGUUGAAACAGAAAGGGCAAAAACACGAGAGAGGUGAGCGAGAAGUGGAGAAGGCGCAGCAUGAUUUAGCUCAACAACAACAACAGCAACAUCCUCACAACUCAGCUCAGCAACAAGUUCAAUACAUGCCUCGUCAAAAUACGAAAAAACACAAACGGAAAGAAACUCUUGAGAGAGUUGACCGAGCAGCGGAGAAGGCCUGGCAGGAUCUUCUUGCGGCCGGAGAGAGUGUUUCAGCAUGGAAAGUGUCGCAGGCUGCGCUUGUGACUCUGCAGGUUGACUCGUGGGACUCUUUGGGGUUUCGAAUGCAGGAGGUGCCAUCGCUGCACCGGCUUAUUCUGACUGAAGGGAAGGUUAAUGCAUUUAUUCAUUGCUUUGUUGGGGUCCGGAGAAUUACAUCAUUGUAUGAUUUGGAAGUGGCAAUUUGCGAGAAUGAGGGUAUUGAGGAGUUUGAAGAACUGGAAUUGGGCCCUUUGCUGCGACAUCCACUAGUCUUGCAUUAUUUUUCAGUGAAUUCUGAUGCAACUGAAGUGUUGAAGAUAACUACUGAGGACAUUAUCUUGAGCCUUCAUGAGUACAUGAGUACUUUUAGCAAAAAAGAAAUAAAUAUUGAUGAAUUUCUGGAUUUCAUUGCAAAGAAGCAAUCUGUCAAGGGAAAGGGAAAUCUUGGUGUGCGUAUUCAAGGCUUGGGAAUGCAUAUUUCUUUUAUUAGGGAGGCCAAGAGAUCUAAAAAUAGUACUCUAAAGAAAUGUCUGAAGACAUUGAAAAGAAAAUCUGAAGCCAAGACAUCACGGAAUGGAUCUGGUAAUAAAUGCCGGAAACGUCCUCUUUUAUCCACACAGAAAAAGGAUCUGGAUGAACGUUUUUCUGCCAUGUCUCAGCGCGUUGAAUCUUUUGCUUCAGCACACAAGGAUUUCCGUGGAAAGCACAUAAGAUUUGAUUCAUCAUGCUCAGAGGAUGAAGAAAGUGAUGAUAGUACAAAUGAUGAUAAAAUGAAUAGCAGUGAUGAGGGGAGGCCCUUCUCAUUGCAGAAUGUCAAUAGUACUGAUAGGGUGAGUAGCUGUCCUUACCCGUCUGCAACCGAAGAAAUGUCACGGCUGGGUUUGAAGGGUGAAAUGGGUGGCCAAUCUUCUCCACUUAGUAGCAGCUUGAGGCACAAAAGGUAUGGUGGAUCACGUAGAAAGAAAAGGAAAUUGGAAGAUGUAAGUUGCACUGCCUCUGCUCCCUCCAAAUUGUGUAAACAAGAAACAGGGAAACACAAUACUCAUAAAAUUGAAAAUGACAAUGAUGCUGAGGAGGUCACCAUCGUAAGUGAAGAUGAUAUUUCAAUUUCUGAUAACUCCAUGAGAAUGUUUAUCACAACCUGGAAGGAGGCAUGCAAGGAGCACACUGUGGCUGAGGUUCUCGAGAGAAUGCUUCAGUUUUAUAAACCCUCGAAUGAUAGGAAGGCUUCUCAACAAAGGAAAAAAAUCAAGUCAUUGUUUUUGUCCUACCCAUGUAUUGGAUUACUCAAUGUUGCUGUGACAUCUAUGAAAUGUGGAAUGUUGGAUAGCAUCUAUGAUACUUUCCAAGCCUUUACCCAACAUGAAUCGCCCAACACCCUUUCUGAAUACGAGAGCAUUGAUGUUGAACCAGGUGAAAAGCAGAAACCAGUUGUCCCUGACCAUAGUCUGCAGCAAACACGUGCAGGUGUUACAGUUGAAGAAGUUCUGGGGAAAAUUAAUGAGUAUUAUGAAUUUGAUCACAAGUUUGUGAGUAAUAGAAAAUUUCUUCCAGAGGACAAAUUUAUUUCUGUGAAGAAGGUGUGCAGUUGUGAGUUCUGGCUGGUUGACCAAUUUUGUAUUAAGGAAUUCAAGUCCCUUGGUUAUGGGGAGUUUUUCAUUUUCCUAGAGAAACAUGCCUCUCUAUUACCUACUGAAUUACAGAAGCUCUUAGCUGGUGACACAUGUGAAAAGUCUCCUGUGGAGGUUUCCCUGCUUCAGCAUCAGUUGAUGGUGUUAGUAUCACAGGCUUCAAAUAGUUUAUGUGAGGGUGAAUCUAUCUCCAAGAAGAUGAUUUCUGCAUUGCUUGUAAAGCAAUUUCCUAUGCUUAGUUUUAAAAUUACGGAGAAUGGAUCAAUCGAAGACUUCCUGCACAUUGUAGGUGAAAAUAAGAAUAAUGUGAUUUCAAAAUGUGUUGUGUUUUCUGCAACAUUGUUAGAAAAUCAUCACAUUGGAGAUCCGUUAAAGGAAGAUGAUAUUGUGGAAAGCACUGGAAUAAGAACCAACAACGGCCAGAAUGAUUCUGCUACCUCUAAAAAUGCAAUUGAAGUUUUGCUUAGGGCACCUUUGUUAUCUGAUUUAAACUCAUGGUCACAUUGGGACCUCAUAUUUGCUCCUUCUCUUGGUCCUCUUGUGGGAUGGUUGUUGAAUGAGGUGAGUGCCAAAGAAUUUUUGUGCUUGGUAACAAAGGAUGGUAAGGUGAUUCGAAUUGAUCAGUCUGCUAAUGUAGAUUCAUUCUUGGAAGCUGCACUUCAGCGAUCAUCCUUCCAAACAGCAGUCAAACUGUUAUCCUUGUUAUCAUUGGCUGGCGGGGAAAAGCAUGUUCCUUUGUCCCUUCUAAAAUGUUAUGCACGCCAUGCAUUUGAUGUCAUUUUGAAGAAUCAUUUUGAAAAUAAGGCAGUACAGGACAAUAACAAUUAUUUAUUGCUUGGAAAAAUAGUUGAUGAGGGUGCUAAUAAUUUAAGUGGUGAAUUGCAUAAAAACUCAAUCCAAAUGAAUCAGGUGGUGCCUGUUGCUUCAAGAUUUGUACUUGAUUCUCUCGCCUAUCUGCCUUCAGAAUUUCGUGGUUUUGCAGCUGGUGUGUUGCUUUCUGGAAUGCAGUCUGUGAUUAAAGAUGCCCCUUCAGCCAUAUUGUUUGAAUGCAACCAAGAAGAACGUGUCAUGCUUCAUGAAAUAGGGUUAUCUAUUGGCAUAGUGGAGUGGAUUGACGAUUACCACGCAUUUUGUUUAACUGGUACCACCGACUUGUUCACAUCUUCUGAGCCGGCACACUUGGAAGCUGCUGGAUCUGCAGUAAGCACAGGCUUGAGGUAUACCCAAAAUGUACUGGAUAGGUCUUCUUGUGGUGAUGGGGAAACAAUUGUACAUCAAGAAGAUGUGCAUAAUGAAGCAGUUACUGAAACUAGUCUCACAAUUCAAGAUAUAGUUUCCAGCAAUGAAAUUGGCAUUGGUUGUGCAGAAGAAUCAUCUGAACUUGACAAACAGAAGGAUGCAGCCCUGGUAAUUGAAUCUAUCAGGAGAGAUGAAUUUGGUUUGGAUCCGAAUCUUUCAUGCAUGGAGAGCACCAUGCUGAGAAAGCAACAUGCUCGCUUAGGGAGAGCACUUCAUUGUCUUUCUCAGGAAUUGUACUCUGAGGAUUCUCAUUUUCUUCUUGAGCUGGUUCAAAAUGCUGAUGAUAAUAUCUAUCCUGAAUGCGUGGAACCGACUCUUACAUUCAUUCUUCAAGAAUCAGGUGUUAUUGUUUUAAAUAAUGAGCGGGGCUUCUCUGCUCAAAAUAUCAGAGCUCUUUGUGAUGUUGGAAAUUCGACCAAGAAAGGAUCUGGCACUGGAUACAUAGGGCAGAAAGGAAUUGGCUUCAAAUCAGUCUUUCGGGUAACGGAUGCUCCAGAGAUUCAUUCCAAUGGUUUUCAUAUCAAAUUUGAUGUAAGUGAAGGUCAGAUUGGUUUUGUUUUGCCCACAGUUGUACCUCCUUGCAAUGUUGACUUGUUUAGCAGACUGGUGUUUGGGGAGACUGGUCAAAUGGAUAAGAAGUGUUGGAAUACUUGUAUUGUGCUUCCUUUCCGGUCACAGUUAUCAGAAGGAACUGCCAUGAAAAUUUUUUCAGAUCUUCAUCCUUCUUUACUACUCUUUCUUCAUCGGCUUCAGUGUAUUAUGUUUCGUAAUGUUGUUAAUGAUUCACUUGUUGUGAUGAGGAAAGAAGUUUUGCAAGAUGGUAUUAUCAAGGUUUCAUGUGGAAAAGAUAAAAUGACUUGGCUUGUUGCCUCUCAGAAGUUGCAGGCACGUGCCGGUCGUCCUAAAGUUCAGACAACUGAAAUAGCUAUAGCAUUUACACUGGAGGAAUCAGAUAAUGGGGAUUACCAUCCACGUUUGGACCAACAGCCUGUUUUUUCUUUUCUUCCACUAAGGACAUAUGGUCUGAAAUUUAUUCUCCAAGGCGACUUUGUUCUUCCUUCAUCCAGAGAAGAAGUGGAUAAGAAUGAUCCCUGGAAUGAGUGGUUGUUGACAAAGUUUCCUGGUUUGUUUGUUAAUGCAGAGAGAUCAUUUUGUGCUCUUUCUUGUUUUAGGGAGAAUCCAGGAAAAGCUGUGACAGCUUAUAUGAGCUUUGUCCCACUUGUUGGGGAGGUGCAUGGUUUUUUUUCUGCGCUUCCUAAAGCAAUUGCUUUAGAAUUACAAAGGACAAGCUGCCUCCUUCUGGAAGGGGACAAUUGUAAGAUGGUUCCUCCAUGCAAUGUUUUGAGAGGUUGGAAUGAACAAGCUCGCAUUCUUCUACCUGAUGGCUUGCUUCAAGAACACCUUGGCCUUGGAUUCUUAGAUAAGAAUAUAGUGUUGUCUGAUUCACUCGCAAAGGCACUGGGUAUUGCAGAGUAUGGACCAGAAAUUCUAAUAAAAUUUAUAGCUUGUUUAUGCCAUACAGAAAAUGGCUUAAAGACAAUGGGUUUUGGUUGGUUAUCUUCUUUCCUAAGUGCUGUUUAUAUAAUGUUUUCCCAUUCUUCCGGAUCAACCGAUCUUAUAGAUAAGCUUCAGCGGAUUCCAUUUAUUCCUCUUUCCGAUGGUACAUACAGCUCAGUUGAUAGGGGUACAAUUUGGUUACAUUCUGAUAUUUUAAGUACUGGGUUUGAUGGUGCACAGGAACUUGUGGCGUUUCCACAAUUAUAUGUUAAACUUCAGACUGUAAAUCCUGCCCUCUUUUCUGCAUCAGCUGUUGAUGGGACUUUAGUAGACAAUAGUGCUAGGAUGCUUCAGAAAAUUGGUGUUCAACAGCUUUCUGCACAUGAAAUUGUCAAGGUUCACAUUUUACCAUCGAUAUCUGAUUACAGAAUCACAAAUAGUGAUGAGGGUUUAAUGACAGAUUAUCUCUGCUUUGUGAUGAUACACCUACAAUCUAACUGCUCUCAUUGUUGUGUUGAAAGGAAGUACAUUAUAUCUGAGUUACAAAAUAAAGCUUAUAUAUUGACAAAUCUUGGAUAUAGAAGACCUGUUGAGACAUCCAUUCAUUUUAGUAAAGAAUAUGGAAAUCCUAUCAAUAUAAAUAAAUUGGUUAAUGUUGUAGAUAUGAAAUGGCAUGAGGUUGAUAUCACCUAUUUGAAGCAUCCAGGAAAUGAUUCACUCUUUAAUGGGUUGAUGAAGUGGAGAGGUUUUUUCCAGGAAAUUGGUGUCACAGAUUUUGUGCGAGUUGAGCCAAUUGAAAAAGGUAUUUCAGAUUUAUAUCAUACUGUUUCGAAGAAUAUAACAUGGGAUACAGAGCUCAUUUCCCCUGGAUCAGUAGUCAAAGAUUGGGAAUCCUAUGAGUUAGUGCAAAUAUUGUCGCACUUGUCCAUGAGCGGUGAUAGGGAACGUUGUAAAUAUCUCUUAGAGGUUCUUGACACGCUAUGGGAUGAUAACUUCAGUGACAAAGCCACUGGUUACUGCUUUUCAAAAUCUAGUGUUGAUGGCAGAACAUUUAAGUCUUCCUUUUUAGGCAGCAUCCACGAUGUUCAGUGGGUGGUAUCAAGCAUAGAUGAUGAGCUCCACUACCCCAAAGAUUUAUUCUAUGAUAGCGAUGUGGUACACUCUAUCCUGGGUGGUUCUGCUCCAUAUGCUCUUCCAAAGGUAAGAAGCACAAAGCUGUUGGGGGAUAUUGGCUUUAAGACUAAAGUUACUCUUGAUGAUGCCCUGGAAGUUUUAAGAAUAUGGAGGGAAUCAGAGACCCCUUUCAAGGCCAGCAUAACACAAAUGUCUAAAUUAUACACAUUUAUCUGGGAUGAAAUGGCUGCUUCAAAGAAGAAAGUUUUAGAGGCACUGCUUUCCGUUUCAUUUAUUUUUGUUCCAUAUGAAUCUGGUUCAAGGCACGAGGAUCUAGUGUCCGGUGUAUUCUUGUCUUCUGAAGAAGUUUAUUGGCAUGAUCCAACUGGUUCUAUCAACAACAUGAAGGAGGUUCAUCCUCAAUGUGGUUUGACAGGUGUGCCUCAGCGGCCCUUAAGCAAGACGUUGUGCAAUGUUUAUUCAGGACUUCAUGACUUUUUUGUUAAAGAGUGUGGAGUACACGAGAUCCCUUCUUGCCGUAGCUAUUUUGAUAUUUUACGUCAGUUAUCAACUGUUGCUUUGCCUUCACAGGCAGCUAGUACAGUUUUCCAAGUCUUUCUGAAGUGGACUGAUGGGCUGAAAUCUGAUUUACUCAGCUCUGAAGAUAUCAUUUACAUGAAAGAAUGUCUUCUAAAAGUAGAAUAUACGAUACUUCCCACUAUACAAGAUAAGUGGGUUUCAUUGCACCCUUCAUUUGGCCUAGUGUGCUGGUGUGAUGAUAAGAAUUUGAAGAAGAUCUUUAAGGAUCUGGACAACAUUGAUUUCCUGUACUUCGGCAAUCUUAGUGACUAUGAGGAAGAGAUGCUUCAAACUAAGGUCUCUGACCUGAUGCAUAAUUUAGGGAUUCCUGCUCUGUCAGAGAUUAUAACUCGAGAAGCAAUAUACUAUGGUCCAUCAGACUGUAGCUUCAAAGCUGCAUUGGUUGACUGGGCACUUCCUUAUGCUCAGCGCUAUAUCUAUAGUGUACACCCUGAUAAGUAUCUCCAAUUUAAGCUGUCUGGAUUGGAUAAUCUUGAGCAGCUAAAGAUUACUGUUGUUGAGAAGUUAUUCUACAGGAAUGUGAUAAAAAGCUGUGGCAGUGCAUCUAAGAAGCGAUAUGAAUGUAGCUGUCUUCUGCAGGGUAAUACAUUGUACACAACUUCGGAAUCAGAUUCACAUGUGCUCUUUUUGGAGCUUUCUCGUUUGUUCUUUGAGGGUACUUCAGAUUUACACUUGGCAAAUUUCCUUCAUAUGAUCACAACAAUGGUAGAAUCUGGCUCCACAGAAGACCAAACAGAGUUCUUCAUUGUAAACAGCCAAAAGGUGCCAAAGCUUCCUGAUGAUGAAUCUGCUUGGUCACUCUCAUCUAUUUGUACUUUGACAGAGAAUGACGAAUCACUUAAGAUAGGUACUGCGUCAACAGCAAUAAACGAUCAGAAGAUGUCUAAGUACAAGAGGAAAGUGGGAAUCAGCUCAAAUUGGCCACCUGUGGAUUGGAAAACUGCACCAGGUUUUGGUUAUGCUCGUGCAAAUGGUUUUAAAACUCAGGCUGUUGUAUCGCAUCCUAGCAGUUCAUGCAAGACUGAGGAGGAUGAUUCAGAGGACAUUAUCAUUCAAACAGAUACCUCGGUGCCAAUUGAGAUUGAUACAGAUUGGACUAUAGAAGAGAACACGGCAGGAUCAAUUUUACCAGACUCUGAAAGUGUGGACAAACAUUCUGCUCAUGCUUGCAAUCAGACUGUAAAUUUGGAUUUUGCAUCUGACCCUGUUGGCUUAACUCUCAUUGCUGAUGUCCCUGAACUCAGGAGAGAGAAGUUGAACACUGGGACUGCUAAUGCCGCACAAUUACUGCUUACUGGAAGACUGGGGGAGCGUGUAGCUUUCAAAUAUUUAACUGAAAAAUUUGGUGAGAAAGUAGUGAAGUGGGUUAAUGAAGACAAAGAAACUGGGUUGCCCUAUGAUAUAGUUAUAGAGGAGGAGGAAAAUAGGAAAGAGUACUUCGAAGUAAAAGCAACAAAAUCUGCAAGGAAGGACUGGUUCAUCAUAUCAAUGAGAGAGUGGCAAUUUGCAGUUGAAAAAGGUGAUUCUUAUAGCAUUGCUCAUGUGGUUCUUCUAAGUAAUAAUACAGCAAAGGUCACAUUAUUCCAAAAUCCUGCAAAACAAUGUCAGGCAGGCAAGUUGCAAUUGGUUUUUAUGAUGCCAAGGCAUAAGGAAUCCACUGUCGUCUCCUAACUGGAGCUAUUUUGCUGUAUUUCUAACAUGGACGAAGGAUGUGCGUGAUUGUUUGACCUCACCAUUUUUUUUUCUUUUUGGUGCAAUUGGCAUUAACUAUGAUUCAAACUCAAAUCUCACAGUUUGAUGACCACCGACCACUGAUCUAAAGCUUGUUGGUUGUCCUUACCUGUUAUUGAUUGAUUUGAUUUGAUAGGAACGGUUUAAAAAGUUGAGCCCGCCUGUGUAAUUUUCGUUAGAUGCAGUACACUUUCUGACAGAACGCUUCAAUCCGACUCUGCAUAAAGUGCUUUGCUGCUGGCUAUUGUCAAGGUCUGUUCAGUGAUAUUAUAAGAUAUUUCCAGAGGAAGUAUAGUCCGGACUGCCAGGCCUUUUCCUGUUGUAUUCAUUGGAAGACAAUUUUAACACUUUGUAUAUAGAUAGAGAGAGAGAGAUACAUUUCAAAGGUAAUUUACUCUCUAGUUCUUGGUUUUAUCAUUAUUAAUAUUUUUCAUUCUUGUA